AAAGAGCAUACCAGGAGUAGUUGAAGCACGCUGGAAUUUUGAAGUGGAUUUGAAGAAAUUAAAAAGCCCGUCGGUAUUAUUGAUGUUUGACGAAGAGUAUCCCCAUUCACAUGUGAAGAUGGGAUGUGUUAGAUAUGCGGCGAGAGCUUUUGUGUCCAAUCCGUUGUUUUGCCGGAAUUGUAAAAGUGACUGGCUCCUCCUCAGAGCACAAAGAGCCCGGCAGUUUCAGCAGUGGCCAUGGUGUUCAUUAUCCAGUGGGCGAGGGCAGUUCAAUGCAGCCUCUUUAGGCCUUCAGGCUCGCGUCAGGCCCUUUCCCCUCCUCAUCGCCACCGGCGGAGGCUACAUGGGAUACGACCAGUACAGUCGCUACAAGGACCGCCAGUUAACGAAGAUUGGCGUGGAGGUGCCUCCACGCAUCGCCAAUAACACCCAGGUUGCAGUUCCCUCAGUUGGCCUUGCGGCGUCGUCUUGGCCAGUUGAGCUGCAUGUCCCGGCCCGUCUUGCGGCUGCGCUCAUGGCCGCUCAGCUUCCUCUACUACUUCCUGACCUUCGGUGCACUCAAGCCCCUGGCCAAGGUCGGCUGGAGACCAACAAGCAGGGUUGCUCUGUACAAGACCAUCCCAACACGGCUGCUGUCUCGGGCCUGGGGUCGCCUGAACCAGGUGGAACUACCCACCUGGCUGAGAAAGCCAGUCUACAGUCUGUAUAUCUGGACGUUUGGCGUCAACAUGCAGGAGGCGGCUGUGGAAGACCUAAUUCAGUACAGGAACCUGGGAGAGUUCUUUAGACGGAAACUCAAACCGGCUGUCCGGCCCGUGUGCAACUCGCACUGCGUGAUCAGCCCAGCAGAUGGGAAGAUCCUGCACUUUGGGCGUGUGCGGAACUGUGAGGUGGAGCAAGUCAAAGGUGUCACCUACUCUUUGGAGACCUUCCUGGGACCCCACACCUGGGCUGAGGCCAUCAACUGCACCAUCAAGCCAUCAAAUGAAGAGGACCCCAGCUCAUUCCAGGACCUGCUGGUGACUAAAGAGGGGAAUGAGCUGUUCCACUGUGUGGUGUACCUGGCUCCAGGAGACUACCACUGCUUCCACUCCCCCACGGACUGGAGGGUGGCCCACAGAAGACACUUCCCUGGCUCUCUGAUGUCAGUGAACCCUGGCGUGGCUCGCUGGAUCAAAGAACUGUUCUGCCAUAACGAGAGAGUGGUGCUGAGCGGAGAGUGGACACACGGCUUCUUCUCCCUCACCGCUGUAGGAGCCACCAAUGUGGGCUCCAUACGCAUCUACUUUGACAAGGAGCUUCGGACCAACAGCCCGCGCUACAGCAAAGGCUCAUACAACGACUUCAGCUACUUGUCUAACAACAACCAGGAGGGCGUGAGCAUGAGGAAAGGGGAGCACCUGGGAGAGUUCAACCUGGGCUCCACCAUCGUCCUGCUCUUCGAGGCUCCGCACGACUUCACCUUCAACCUGAAGGCCGGCCAGAAGAUCCGCUACGGAGAACCCCUGGGGACUAUGUGAGCCAAGAUGGCUGAACCGAGAGAGACGCUUUCUGGGGGAAACGGACUAAACUAUAAGAAACUGAUGGACACGCUAACGUGCUUGUACAGAUCCAAGUGGACUUGCGUGCGCACACACUCAUUCAUACACUGACAUUCAGUACAUGUACUGUACAUUGAAAUUGAGAGAUGUUCAGCUACCAUACGAUGCACUGACUGACUCACAGCAAAAACUCACAAGCCACCACUCUUGCUUUACUAACAAGGGGAUCUGUUCCAUCGACUAGUUUCAAAUAACUAUUUACUUAUUUUGACCAUUGACUAGUUUCAAAUAACUAUUUACUUAUGUUGACCAUUGAUUACGACCAGCAAAAGCAAGAUAGUUUACAGCAAUUACUUACUUUUUAGUUCCAUAAGAAUAACAUAGCUUUUCAAUUUUAUUAGCAUCUUUUAUUUUAUUUUGAUACAUUUGACCCAUAUUGCCUUUUGUCAGGGGUCUCCUCGUCAAUGGGGAGUUCCUCUGAGGUUUCAGACACGAGCAGCACUGAUUUUAAACAUCUGCUUAGUGCCGUGUAGCCCAACUCCCUUUGUCCGUUGGCUAUACGUCACAAACAGAUCUGGGACUAGGCUAGCGAGCAGCGAGACACACACACACACAGGUAACCCCUGCCACACUAAGCCACUAUCAUGUGGGCAGGCUUCCCUAUAUAGUAUACACACCUACAGUAAACACACCACGAAGAAGGAAUGUACCAGAGACUAUAUACAGAGCUACCCUCCUUCUCUUUCCCUCCCUCCUUCACUCUGAUACUGAACGCCUUCCUCCUCUCCUUCUGUCUCUCAUACACUCUCCGUCCGCGCUGCUGGCUCUCCCUCUUCUGUCAUCCCCAGAGAAGGUGCUUGUGUUGGGGUGAUUAUGUGGACUCAUCCCCCUUCCUGUCAUGUAGGUAAAGACUGGCACGAUUCCUCCCAGUCAAAUGUGUCUGGGUUGUAUUCAUUAGGCACCUGCAGGAAGUAAACUGUCUGAAACCAGCCAGGAGUACCUGGACUUGGUCCAAUAGGAACCUCUUAUUUUCAGUGUGAUGAAGAGAAAAAAAUGUUUUCUAUGGUGUGCCCUAAUGAAAAUUCCCUGUUGUAUUAAGCCCAUGGUGUACGACCUCUGCCAUCACAGCCAUGCAUUAUUCAUCAUCAUUAGAGGUAGCUAGUAGCUCUGCCUGCUGCCAAUUAUUUCUCCUGUAACCCGAACCGUAAAUGACUGCAGAAAGGGGCGUGUCACAUUUUAGAGUAGACAUUAACAUGUGAUGAUGACUUCAGUGGUUUCUGUGGCGAUGAUUUACGGUGACGUGUGUUAAAUCUAACCCAAUUCAACAAUGGACUAAAUCCUGAUGUGUUCCUCUGAAUGGAGCCAUUUUAAUUCUAUGCUGAUACACAGUCUUCUGACUAUCAUUACUAAACAAACCCGAAGUGCAGCACUGGGGGUAGGUAGGAUCAUGGGAGAGAAUGUGCAAGCUGGUACUGGUAACGUUUUGUCUUCUGUUCAGUUGGAAUAAGUUGAUAAACUGGAAGUUAUCUGCCAGUGAUAAUAUUCAAAUAAGUUGGGCUAAACCUUUUUUAAGACUGAAACUUAUGCUGAUAUCGAUACUAACGAUUGUGACACCCUUCAGAUACCCAGGGCUGAGCUAUUUAAAGCUAUCUUUUUCCUGUGUUUGUUUUAGAUUUUCUAGUAGUGCCAAAAAUACUAAGUGUUUUUUUUUGGGGGUUGUUUUUCGAUGUAUUCACACACAAAAAAAUUGCUUUGAACAAAUGUC